CACAAGACGCGCAGUAGGGCGCACUACACUAAGAGCCUCCAGCCAGUCGACAAGGCAUGAGCUUCGAUCACGGACACGCGGACUUUAGCGAGGAAGAAGAUGAGGAGCUCAUGUUCGCUUUCGAGGAGCAGGACGAAGAGCUCUCGCCGCGUCUGCACAACGAGGGCUCGCACAUCUUUCACUCGAUCGACGGCGUGGAUUUCGAGCGUCCAGCCAACCCCGUUGCCGCCAUCCUCGAGCGUCGCGAAGCUCUUGAUCAAAAGAAACGCGGACGGGAAGAAGACGAGGUACAGGUAUAUGAAGCGAACUUAGCCGAAGAGAAACCCGUCGCAACCCCCGUCCUCAACAACCGCAAGCGCAAGACGUUCGAUCUUCCCAACGCCCCCGCGCGUGUCAUCCGCCCAUUGGCCAAGAGACUUAAAUCCAACGCGUCCGAGCGCUCCAUUACGGCCCCUGCCUGUCUUAUGAACAAUCUAUCGCUCCAGAUAUCGAGGGAGGAAGCGAUCCCUGAACUGGAGCACGAGGAAGAGAAGAGCAACGUCCCGUUCCGCUCCGCCUCCAUCAACAUCCCAGACAGUUUCCAGCCCAUUCACUGGCCAGGAGACGCCGCAGUUUCACGCAACUCCGGACGGGAUCGAAGUCAGUCGUGCAGUUCUUCGUCUUCGUCCAAAUCGUGGACCAGUGGCCUCGGGCUCUUCUGUCGUCGCAGUCUGGACGUGUCUUCCCCAAUGCGCAUGCGCUUCAACGACCUGAUGCUCCACUCGUCGGCCGGAAGUUACACGGGCUCGUGAACACUUUGGCAGCGUGCUACACUACACUAAUCGCCAAAGGCAGGCCAUGUCCAUUCUGUCCUCACUCAGCCCCACAAAAAUCUCAGCCUUCAUCGUCAGGGACAGACCAUAAAAACACACAACGGCAGCGGUUCCAAGCAGUGGAGCUGACUGCCAGCCAAUCUAUUGCAUCUAUCUAACCACGCAACAAGAGGCCAUGCAGCCCACCCACCGCUCGAUGCGGUGGGCCCCCACCAGUACACUCGAUGGGUUAUUUAUUUUGCAUGAGAGAAAGUAAAACAAAAAAAAAACACACCGUGGAGAUGACAUACACUCCACAACCAACACACAUUCCUCACGCA